AUGGCUUCUCUUUCAUUGCAUCCAUUAGAACAUGCUAACCCAUCCCUUCGCCAGUCAUUUGUUGAUAGUGAAUCCAUUGAAAUUAAAGGGGUGAUAUGUAGAUGUGAAUAUCAAACAGAUUUGAAGACUUCAUGGAUCGAUACAAACCCAGCCACAAGAUUCUUUAUUUGUGGACAGCAGGAAAAUAGUCGUGGUGAGAUUGUGUGUUUUGGCCCACCUAUUUGUGACUGGUCAAAGGAAGUAAUUCAUGGGCUGCUAAGGUCAAUGCGAGGAUUAGUCCAAGUUAACGACUUAAAACUACAUCUGAAGGGCGGGGCGGAUCAAGAUGUUCAAUGCGCAUACCAAGAUGUUAGAAGCUCAAAUGAGAAGAUUAGAGCUGGAGAAUUAGUUUUUUGUAGAAAAACGAAAGGCGAAGACUGGCUCGAAAACAUCAACACACUUUUUUCGGAUUGGUCUUCUAACAGUAUUGAUUAUAGCGAGCGUGUUUGGGUUUUAGUUUAA